AUGCCUCACCUCGACGCCAAUUUUGAUUUUCAGGGUCCCAGGCCAGUUUCAGUCAUCAUGGGUCCUGCCACUUAUAUCGGCCCUGGUGCACUCGGCAUGUCCAUGUAUGCCAGUCCACGGUCCUCGCAGGCAGCUUUAGCUACCAUGCCCCCGGCCGUCUCAUCCUACGACAGCACCAUAGCAACAGAACAGCAGAUCGCUGAUGCGAGUGAUAGCAAUGCCAAUGGCAUCGCCUUGCGCAAUGCUGACGCCCAACUUGCCAUCGCCCAAGGCCAUGCUUUGAAGACCGAAGUUGAUAAACACGCCGCAAAGCUCUCUUCCAAAGUUUCUACCGCUGUUGCCAACACACACCAGUUGCUUGCGCUCAUCAACGACUCACUGCAAAAAGAGGGUGUCACCGACACAGGCACAGUCAACAAACUUUGGACUGAGCUAGAGCAGUUGAUCACCGCUGCUGGGGACGCAAACACUACCAUUCCAUUGUUCCUGAAGAAGCAACGCAACAACAUGAGCUUGUACCAUGCGUCGGCGAUUAAUGAGAGCAUGCGCGAUACACAGGAAGAGCUCAAUAUUCAGCACAAGAAGGUCAACCUCCAGCAUGCUCUUAUCCUCGAACACCAAGAGGCUUUCCAUGAGUACAGAGAGCAGAAUGCGGCAAAGUUGAAGGAGCUUGACGAGUGUCGGGAACGGGUCUCGCGUCUUACGCUUGAAAAAGGCAAUUUCCGCACUGAGAUCGAACGUUACAAGACAUUGCUCGACCAGAAGCAGACUGAUAAGGAUGAAGUCUUGAGCAAGGUUGAUGCCCUAGAGAAGGAGCUGAACACACUUGUGACAUCAAAGGCAGCCCUUCUCGCAGAGGCCGAUGGUCUUCGCAACGCUGUUCAAGAUCGCCAGACAAAGCUGCAACAGGUGGAGCAGCAAGUCACGGACAAGUUCAAGGCCGAGCUCAUGUUGAAAGCUGGCGAGGUUGCUAAGGAGGCCGAGAAGAACAUGGAUUUGAAGUCUCUUAUCGACCUCCAAAAGGCAAACGCAGAGAUCGCCCAGGCGCGUGCCGACAAGUUGAUGAAAGAAAACGGCGCACUCAAUGAAAAAUAUCGUCUCCUAGCUGCUGAACAUGCACAUGCAUUUUCGAAGCUCAACGGACAGACGAAGAGGAUCGAUAGUCUAGUCAUGGACCUUGAGCAGCGACAAAAAGAGAAUGUAGACCUCAAGCAGCAAUUCUCCAAGUUGUCGGAGCUCGAAAAGCAACAUGCCAACUUCUCUCAAGCUAAGCCUGCGUUUCCCGAAGAGAUGAAAAAGCUGUCCGCCGAGCUCGAGAAGGCGAGAGACGAUGGACUUCGUGCAAAGACAGAUAUUGAUCAGCUUAUGAAGAAGGUCAUCGAGUUUGAGAAGACGACAGGAAGGCUCGAGACGGAGAAGAAUGAUCGUCUUGCUCAGCAGAUCGAUGCCGAAAAAGCCGCACAGGCACUGCAGAUCCAGAAAUUGGAGAAUCUGAGACUCAAGGAAGUCAUAAGGGAGCUCCAGAACGGCAGUAUUACCGGCGAUCCUCAGAUGUGCGUUCAAGAAAAUACGCAGCUCUUGGAAAAGGUCAGGGGACUAGAAGCGAAGAGUGCUGCACUUGAGACGGCCCUGGAGGAAUGGACUCAUCUUGCUAAGCGCUCAUACAAGGAGUACAAGGAAAUGUUACCGUUGUACAAGCUAGCGGACCAGUGUCAGAAGGAGUCGCUCAGCAAGGACGGCACUAUAAAGGAUCUCAAGGAUCAGUUGUCGGCGGCAAAGGCUUCGCAGUACAAUGGGGGAGACACUGGCUACUGGAAGGGCAAGUACGAGUCACUCCUAGCCACGAUUGGGGGUUGA